CAAGAGAGAUACACUAAAGUGAUGAUAUUAAUAUAAAAGUUCAUCCGAGUACUUCCAAAUUGAAAUGCAGUGUUUGUUUUACAUGUUGGUGGUGGGAAGUGAUCCUAAAUAUAAAUAUAUCUCUUUACUAUGUUAAAUUUUACUUUCACUUUAUUACCUAUCCACUUGCUUCAAAUAAAAUGGCAAUAAAUCUCUCACACUCACACUCACAUUCACAUCAAGCUGAUUAAUCUAAGAUGGAUUUACUAGCUGAUGGAACCAAAAAGAAGCCACAUGCUCUUUUGAUUCCAUUUCCAAUACAAGGUCACAUAAAUCCAUUUCUCAAACUAGCUAAGAUUCUUCACAACAAAGGCUUCUACAUAACAUUUGUCAACACUGAGUUCAACCACAAACGUUUGUUCAAAUCCAUAGGUCCUAAUGCUCUCAAUGGUUUUCAAGAUUUCCAAUUUGAGACCAUUCCAGAUGGUCUUCCUCAUACAAACAUGGAUGCAACUCAAAGCAUUCCUUCUCUUUGUGAUUCUACAAGAAAAUACUCUUUGGCACCAUUUUGUAACCUCAUCUCAAAACUCAAUGAUUCUAAUUGUGCUCCUCCAGUUAGUUGCAUAAUCUCAGAUGGUAUCAUGUCUUUCACAGUUAAAGCUUCUCAGCAAUUUGGUUUGCCUAAUGUUCUCUUUUGGACUCAUAGUGCUUGUGGUUUCAUGAGCUUCAAAGAAUGCAAGAAUCUCAUGGAUAGAGGCCUAAUACCACUUAAAGAUGCAAGUUAUCUGACAAAUGGACAUUUAGACACUAUCAUAGACUGGAUCCCUGGCGUGAAGAAUAUUACUUUAAGAGACCUUCCUGGGAUAUAUCAUACAAUAGAUCCAAAUGAUUUACUUUUGAAUUUUGUGGUAGAACAAAUUGAAGUAGCUUCAAAAGCUUCUGCUAUUAUUCUGCCAACCUUUGAUGCCUUGGAGUCUGAUGUGUUGAAUGCACUCUCCACAAUGUUUCCUAAACUCUACUCAAUAGGUCCACUUGAGUUUUUCCUUGAUCAAAUUUCAGAUAACAGAUUUGAAUCUUUUCAUUGUAAUUUGUGGAAAGAAGAGUUUGAGUGUCUAAAAUGGCUUGAUUCACAGGAACCAAAUUCUGUUCUUUAUGUGAAUUUUGGUAGUGUUAUAGUAAUGAGAUAUAAUCAGCUGGUUGAACUAGCUUGGGGACUAGCAAAUAGCAAGAAAAAAUUCUUGUGGGUGAUUAGGCCUGAUUUAGUUGAGGGGGAAACCUUACUUGUGCCACAAGAAAUUGUCGAAGAAGUUAAAGAUAGAGCACUAAUGGUUAGUUGGUGUCCUCAAGAGAAAGUUCUAAAGCACAAAGCAGUGGCAGGAUUUUUGAGUCAUUGUGGUUGGAAUUCAACAAUUGAAAGUAUAAUCAAUGGUGUGCCUAUGAUAUGUUGUCCAUUUUUCAAUGACCAAAUUCUGAACUGCAAAUAUAUUUGUAGUGAAUGGAAUUUUGGCAUGAAAAUGGAUAGUGAGAAUGUAACAAGAGAUGAGGUGGAGAAGCUUGUGGUAGAGUUAAUGGAUGGCGAAAAGGGUAAGGAGAUGAAGAAUAAAGCAAUUGAGUGGAAGAAAAUGGCUGAAGAAGCAACCAACAUUAAUGGUUCAUCAUCUUUGAAUUUGGAUAAACUGGUAAGUGAAGUGCUGCUAUUCAAGAGUUUAGGCUAAAAGAGACAUUGCUGGUUCAUUCAUUCUAGAUAUAUUGUUGUAAAGAUAAUCUUCUGAGGAUGGUUUGAUGUAUUACUAUUUCCAAAUCUUGUAAACGUUGGAUUCAACAUUAUCUUUCUCAUUAUUCAUGUUGUAUGUAGCUUGGGUCAUUGUUUGAAUGCUCUACUUGUUUUGUUUUGCCAAA